AUGGCAAUAUCCACAGGGGACUCCCAGAGCGGUUUCCGCUACAGCGAGAUAGUUCGGUUCAUCAACGAAGAGGUGCUCCAAAACGGCGGCGGCCCGGACUUUUACUCGACAUUCAGCACGCGGCCCUGGUACGAGAUAGAGGACAAGCUGCGAAGCAUUGUGAUUAACCCUCAGGUCCCGGACACCAGCAAGAGGGCUUUCGCCUGGAGCGCCUUGGCCCUGGGUGUGCGUGCAGCUGAGAGGCAGCGCGAUGACUACGCCCGCAGGGUCUGGCGGCUGCAGGAGCAAAUAGAGGAGCAGGAGACCUCCGCCAGGAUUAUGGCUUCCGAGCUGCAGCGGCUGCUCAGGGAGCGCGACUGGCUGGUGUGGCAGUGCGGUCGGGCUCAGAAAGACCUGCAAUGGACGGUAGGCCAGCGCGAAGCCAUGCGAUGGCAGCUGCAAUUGGCUGAGAAACGAAGUCAGCCGGUCGUACCCAAGCCUCUAGCUCAAAGGCUCUGGUAUGAUACGCAGCCUCUGAAUGUAGGGGAGCAGAGCCAGGUAGUAGUCAAAGUGAGGCAGCGUAGUUUGGGUGCUGAUCCCCAGAGGGAGAAGAUACCAGGUGUGCUUUACGUGCCAGGCCUCCUAGGCCCCCAGAUGCCUACUGGGGUGACCGACCCACCUGGCAGGUACCUUGCAGUUGGGUCCAAGAAGAAGAAAGCCCUGCAGUGUGACAAGGAGAGCCAAGGCCAAAAGAAUGGUCCUGUGAAGUCCCACUUCAUAAACCCGUCAGAGCAGAGCUGGAGCAGAGAUAGAACCUCAGAGAAGCAGCAACCUCAGGCACAGGUGACCAGUCUACUAAAAGGUAAGAAAGUCUUUGAAUCCCAGCAAGAGGAGAAACCCAGACCUCAGGAGUGGGUAUUGGGACUGUCUGUGGUAUAG